UUUAGAGGCGCACAGCUUCAUUGCCAUUGGCUGUCGUUUGUUUGCUUCAAAACAGACGGCGGAGUCGAGCCCAGUAACAGAAGACUGUCAAUGCAGGAUGCAGUCAGAAGUCGAGUUUUUACGUGACCAAGUUCAGAGGUUAAACUCUGCUCUCAGCCAGUAUCAGGAUGGCCAGCGGACUCAAGCCACAUCAGCUCAGGUUGAGGAGACAAGACAUGCAGAUUCUCCUGCCCACUGGAUUUCAGAUAGAAGUGUUAUGGCUCCUUUGAUAGCUGAGUAUGAUCGGCAUAUGGAUGAAAUGACUGAACAGCUGCACAGAUACCAGGUGCAGAUGACAGAUGUCAAAAUGAAGUUGGAAAAGGUUGUCAAGGAGAAUGAAAAGUUGCAUGCAGAGCUGAGGGAAUCAGUGGAGAAGCAGCUGCAGGCUCUACCAGUGGCGUCAGGAGCAGAGGGCAGCACGCUGGAGGAAGACGAUGUCAUCAGAAGUCUUCAGGAACAGAUCCAGCUGUCUAAACAGGAGCGGGAGCAAGCCAUGGAGCUAUGGCAGUCAACAGCCCAGGAGCUGGACCGCCUCCAGCAGUUCUACCAGAGGACCAUUUCUGACGGGCAGAUCCACGAUGCUCAGCGACAGCAGCUCAAGGAUCAGCUUAUUCAGUUCCAGCAGCACAUCCACAAACUCCAAGUGGCGAAUCAGAAGCUGGAAUCAACUAACCAACAGUUCCUGAAGACAGUGACGGAGCAGAGCACAGAGAUGGAAGAGCUACGCAGCCAGCUCAGGCAGGCCAAGGCUGAGCUGAGGACAGCCACAGCCAAAGUGGAAGAGAUGACCAAACUGAUGCAAAAUGUCCAGGACCAGAUGCAGAGACGGGAAGAAGAUGCAGCAGAGGCUCAGGGACGAGAGGAGGCAGCAGACAGGAGGCUCCAGCAACUUCAGGCAGCCUUGAGUCAGCUAGAGGCCAGGCUAAAAGCUGCAUCUCAGGAGGCGGAGGCGGUGCGCAGGGAGCAGACGGUGUGGGAGAGACAGGUGGGGGAGCUCCAGGGCCGCUGUGCCUCCCUAGAGGAAGAGAAGUAUGAGGCUCAGGCCAAAGUUCGUGAGAACCUUCAGCUGGCUGAGGAAGCUACGUUACAGAAAGAGCAGGCCCUGUUAAGAGAGAAGCAGAAGUCAGAGGAGUUGGAGAAGACGAAGGAGGCCAUAAAGCAGCUGAUCCAGGGUGCAGCUGUCCGCACUAGGAAAGAGGUAGAGAGUGUGCGCAAGCAAUGUAAUGUUCAAAUUCACCGCAUGGCCGAGGAACUCUCUGCCUUGCAGUUGGAAUGUGCAGAUAAGGAGUCUCAGAUUCAGAGAUCCCUGCGAGAGAGGAAAGCCGUGGAGGAGGAACUGGAGAAGGUAUACAAGGAGGGCAGGGCAGAGCCAGAGUUUAGCAAGAUGGAUGCUCUCCACCAGAGAUGUCUAGAUGCAGAAAGGAUGAAAGACGACAUGGGCAUCACUCUGCAGAGCACCCAGAACAAACUUAAAAAGAUGGAGCUGGACUACAGCGAGGAGCUGUCACGGUGCCAGGAGGAGGUGCGACGACUGCAGGGCUCGCUGGCUGCGGCCCGGGACGACUGUGUCAGUGUCAGUGAGGAGCGGCUCCAGCUGCAACAAGAAAACCUUCAGCUUCGCAGGGAAAUGGAUGAGCUGCGCAAGGCUAGCCUGCUGGCACAGAAGAAGGCCAAACAACAGGUGUCGCAGAUGGAGCAUGAGUACAGCGUGAAGGAGCAGGGGCUUGAGGCACGGGUACAGGAGCUGGAGGAGAACAGCCGAAGCUGUAGCGCAGACCUGACACGCCUCCUUACAGCACAGCAGAGGAGCACCAACCGCUGGAAGGAGGAGGCCAAGAACCGUACCCAGGCCUUUGAAACUAAAAUCACCAGCCUCAAAGCAGAGCUAAAUCGACAGAAACAGCGUUCACAAGAAUUGGAGGUUCAACUGGAAACUGAUCAUAGUACUAUUGCUGAGUAUGAGAGACAGCUAGCAGAGUACCAAGAGAAGACCAGCCGUCUCCAGAGACGACUGACUCAAGCAGAACAGAGGGCAACCACUGCUACACAACAGCUCAGUAUGUUGACAUCACAGCGAAGGAAAACAGCUCUGGUGGAUCCAGAGUGUGUAUCAUAAUGACCGUCCCCGUGCUAACCAUAGGAAGAAAAAUAUGCAGCCAGCUGUUCAGAGCUCUUCGCUCACUUUGUUUACAUGAGUUCUGUCUGUGAUACACUGGGCAGCAUUUAGAGUAAAUCUUUAAGUAAACAGUCAGUGCCUAAGGUACUCCCUCAGUGCUACUGUAGCGAUUACAUGGCAAUUUGUGCCAGUAAAUGUGCUGGCAUGUUGCCCAAAAGGUUGUCAGGUGCAUCACAGCUGUUAGGAUGAAAUGAAAAUGGUCUAUUGUACUGUAUGUAAUAACGCUUUUUUAUGAUGAAAAAUAAUAAUAAUAAUAAAAAAUUAACACUGUGGUCCUCAGUGUCCUU